AUGGCAUCUGGUCAAAAGGACCUUCCAGUUGAAAUAGUCAAAAUCAUCCUCAGCAAAGUGAUUCUCCAAAUCCCAUUAGUACCCUCCGACACGAACGAUAGUGCUGACACUCCAUCACUUUGGCACGAUUACGUCACCCGCGUUCUCCAAUGGCGUUUACUUGGACGACCCUGGAGUGAUGCUAUCAUACGCCUUCUAUUUCAAAAUCUACGUUUGACUCGCGAUCCUAUGAUCAAGAGCCUCAUGAACAUGUGGACAGAAAAAUUUGCGGUUUUGCCAUCAAUGCGAUUACGUCCCGGUUCACUUCCAAACCUAGCUCAUUUCUACAUAUCCUGCCACCGUAAAAACCGUCGCGCGGCCAUUGACAUAUGUCGUAGAAACGAAAGACCAAUCAGCUGCCUUGAAAUGUUUCCACCGAGUAACCCGGACCCAACAGCUCCUAUUGCUUUGGGUGUAACCACCACGCUUAAAUCACUUUUCAUCAUUUCUAUCCCGGACCGCGUCCCGCACGGAAUUCGCAACCACAUCUUUCCUGGACUCAAAGUCCUGCGAAGCGAGUACUGUCAUUCGACAGAACAAAAUCUGAGGUGGCUAAGUUGGCAAAUGCUCAAUACCGUUAAAAUCUUUAUCACUACAUACCGGUCGGGCAACAUAUACUGGCGCAGUAGGUUGAAUUCUAACGCCCUGCACACAUUUGCUAAACCUCCUAAGUUAAAACACAUAGUCUUCAUAGUUUCUUGUGGCGAGGAAACAGAGAAAUCGUCUCUGGCAAAUGCUUUUAACGGGAUUGGAAUCCAAUGCCAUUUUAUGGGGCCAAUGAAUCGGGCUGAAAUUGCAGGACCUCCCCGGUACUCCCUUGACACAAAGCUCGCAAUGGCAUAUCACGCUCCGCAUUACCCGACAAGGAAAAUACAUACCUUGGGUCACGCUUUGACCCCGAAUACCCGAAUAAGGGUUGGACCAGGGAGAUCAUGUGCGAAUUUCAAUUUGAUUCGAUAUUGCAUGUCACAAAUUAGAAAAUGGCUGAGAACUACGCCUCUAUGUUGUGAACCUCUCUACCCACCGCUUAGAACGACUUCUGCGAGCUGCGUCCCAUACCAUGGUGUCUCCCACUUUCACACAGCAAUUGACAUAUUAUUGUUUGCGAAGAUCAUUUACCCAUCCUUCCACUGCAAGGAACUAUCAUCCUCCGAUAAGUGCCUUAUACCAUGUCCUCGGCUACCGGAACGACCUCGCACCGGGCAUGGCGAACUCGGUAUCGAGGUUGAAACAAGAGAACACUAUUAUUUCAAUCAAAUUGAUACUCAUACACUGUAG